GGUGAUCUCAGAAGUACGCCCGGCGGCCAGCAACCAUUUCUUCUUUUCCUCCUACCUUCAGUUGUAUUGCACUCUGAAAUAGUCCUCCCCAGCUUUCUGAGGCUGGGCGGACUGCAUUCCUCUCAAACACAGCCAGAAAACCCUCUGGCAUGACCGUUGCCAUGGCUAACACCUCGGGAACAGCCAAUACGCAUCCAAGCCGUGGCAGGUCACAAGGUGGACUGAACCCACCGCCAGCUGCGCAGCCCAAGUCUGGCGGCUUGUUACGUUCGGUCUCUGGCGUUUUCAAACGCGAUAAGUCGGUGGGGGGAUCCUCACGUCCUCGCCGUCCUGCGCAAAAUGACUUCACGAAUAAGGAGAGCCGUGAAGCGGCGCUCCGCGCAUACGGCCUGCUCCCUCAGCCCGACAUGAGCCAGCUCGAGAAGCAGCGCGACCGGUCUGUCCCAUCGAGCCCGGACCCCAACCAGGCGCACAAUCGCGCGGAGUCACUGUCUACGGCGGAGCGCAUCAAGCAGGAGUACAAGUCCAAGGCGGAGGUGGAUAACAAGUCGCGGAUGCAGGACUUCAAGUUUGGUGGCGCGACAGGCGGCACGUCCCUGCCGCGCAAGGCGCCCCCGCCUGGCAUCGAACCCAUCUCGGAGGACAGCCCCAGCCGCUGGCGCGCUCAGAAGGAGAUUGGCGCGGCCGCGGAAGUCAUAUUCCCGAAGCGCGCAGCACCUCGCAGCGCUAGCUCAGACAGCCUGCUGGACGAGGCUAUAGGCCAGGCUAUCUCGACACCCAUGGGAGAGGCUGUUGGGCAGGCUAUAUCUACCCCGGAGGCGUCGCCGAAGCCCCCUCCUUCUCCUUCUCGCGAAAUGAAAACUGAACGUAGACGCGGUAGGCCGUCCUACCCCGCGCCUGAUUGUGCGCUGCCGCUCCCACCUCCCUCGACAGGCCUGGACAUCGCGGAUAGCCUGACGGACUCCCUCUCCCGCCAUCGUGGUUCGCCGAAUCCCUCCUUUGGCGGCGAGAGCCCCAAUCCGCCCCCAUCGACUCUGCCAUCGCUCCCCGAGCGCGACUCGUCCUCGCCUGAGGCCAGCGAGUCGCCGAAGACUCCGCCGUCCGCGCACACGUCGCCUGCUCUCGAUCAGGCCGCCACGCGCUCGCCAGCAGAUAAGCAGCACGACGCCGCGCUAGAUGUCAUCCUCGACGCCUACGAUUACGGCGAUUCGCAAGACGCGCCUAUCAUCCAAGGCAGCGUCGACAUCAAGCGCAGCUGGUCGCAAGCAGCGCGCGGCAAGCCCGGCAUCCCUCUUCCGGACGUACCGCCUCCCCCGCCAGAGGGUGGAGUGCGCCGGCGAAAGACGUUGAAUCCCUUCCGUCGCGGUAGAGAAGGAGACGGAGACGGGGAGGCAUCGUCCGGGGGCAAGUUCUCUCGCAGCAAGUCCCUCAUGCGCCCGCGAGGCGAAGGUCGUCGUGCGCGCAACCGCAGCGUCGAUGUGUCACGCGAGCGUUCACCCGCGCGCACGGCCGUGGCACCCACCAUCCACACGCAGGGCACGGUCAUGCAGGACGUCCACCGUAUCAAGGACGACGAAUCCAGGCAGCUGACCGAGAUGGCCUUCAUGUAGCUUUGGCGCGCUACUGCCAAGUACUUCUGUGGUAUACGACGGGUCUGUCAGUGUACUUCCUACGCGGCUGUCAUGACGCUUCGCGGCCCCCUUUAUGCCGCUCUUUCCUGUUUAUACCAUUCCACUCCCUGAUAGUUUCCUUUCCUUUUCACCGAUAAUUAUUGCCCCCGGUGCUGGUCGCCGAAGGGAGAUACCCUCAGCUAUCUCAAUAAUGUGUACUUACAACUACGUAUGUGAGGUGGCGCUACAUAUUAUAGAAUGGAUUUCGCUCAUAAUCCAGCACUGAUGGCCCGGGGGAUGGGGAGGGUACGAAUCUGAGGCAGAA